AUCCUCUCUCACAUAAUAUCAUAUCAGUCUUCUUCGUCUAUUGGACUGAACGAACCUUCUUCUUCUUCACUACAGUCCGCCUGGGCGUCCGCUUCUCGUUCUUCUAUUUUUUUUGAGCUCACGGCCCCAUUCCGCUGCCGCCGCCGUUUUGAUCCCAGAAUUCCGUUUUUCCUUCUUCUAUUAUUAUUCUCCCUGUGCUCUGCCGUUUCGAGCCCCAGGCUUAUGUUGUGCUGAGGGAGACUCGCGGGUGUAAUGUUUAUGUGAAAAAAGGGCGUCUAACCAGAUUUUUGGCUUCUUCCUUUGCGAUUUACUAUUCUUCAGAGAUGGUUCUUGCUCAUUGAAGGUCUGAUUCUGGAACGCAACUGGGGUGGUUCUGGGAAUUGUGCAUUCGAAAUACCAGGACCCUUGGUGGAGGUGAAUUCUUGUAGCAGAUUGGAUUGUGGUUACAAUGUCCUGUAUGCAACUUCCCCUUCAAUUUUACCAAAAUUUAAGAGAUUUUACUUUGGCUUGUUGGCUUUGAUGUUGGAUGUAAUCCUGACGGUGUCUUUCCAGAACUUGGAUACUUCUUCAAUUGUGCAUAUACUCUUAGGAAUGAAAUGAAUUUUCUUGAGAAAUCUGGGGCUUGUUGUGUAGUGAAUAGAAGAAAAGAGUGAUCUGUAUUGUUCAUUUCAUAGUGUGUUGCUUUAAAAAAAAAUGAAAAAAGAAAAAAAAAAGAAAAGAAAAAAAGAGAGAAAAAGGUGCUAAAUAUUUGUGCUUUAAGGCCGCCCCCUGUAAUCCCACCCGACCCCAAUUACUGGCCUACAUGAGAGGCAGGAAUCUGCAGGGUGGUGCUGUACCUUCGAGUGCGAGCCACGGAAAGUUGACCACUUUAAAUUAUGCUUCUCUUUGUUAGAAAGGAAGUUGAAUAUUUGGUUUCUUUUAUGCCUCUAAUUCAAAUUGAGACUUUUCCACCCUGCUGAAUGUUUACAGCAUUGGAAUAUAACCUGUAAUAAGCUUUAUAUCGGUUUCUGCAUGUGUUUGGGGAAUCUAAACCAAAACUACCAUGUUCAAGUUUUUCUAACUUAUAGAGCCUGCCUAUAGUCUUAGAGCUGGAAGUUACAUUCACGUAAAUGAAUUUAUACAUCUAAUAUUAGUGACAUUCUACAUUCUACUUCACUAGUAUAUUAAAGGGGAAAACAUUUUUAUUGGAUAAAAAGUAAGAGUUUGAUUCUAAUAGUUAAUACUCAUUGCACCAUUUUAGAAAAGUCAUUAUUCUAAUUUUAUAAUUUUUAUUUUUUUAGUAUUUAAUUUUAUUUUUUAUGCGAGUUUAACAAAUAUUCAAAAAAUUUUGUGUGUCAUGCGUGCGUGCGUGCCUGUGUGUGUGUGUCUUUCAAAAAAAAAAAUAAUAAUAAUACUUAGGAAGUGGCAGCUCUUGGUACCUAGUAGGUGUUUUCAUUAUGGCAACUGGCAUGAGACUCAAGCACGUUUAUGUCCUAGUUUGCAACAGGUAAAAUGUCCCAAUCUCUCAACUGAUAUGGGUGAGGCUGAGAUAGCCUGUGUUACCAUUGAUAGUUUGCCCCAGUGUUCAAUAUUCUGUGAUGUUCCUGCUUCUAUGAAGAUUGAAGAUCCUGAGAGUUUUUUAAAUUCUGAUGAAAAUGGCAGAAAAGAAUCUUGCCAAUCAAAUUUAGUUACUCUAAAGGUAAAAAGGUUAAUCCGUGAUGACAAUGAUGAUGAUCUGGAUCAUGUUGUGCUGAAAGAACGUCAAAGGAUGCUGCUGGGAAGGAGGAGGAUGGCAGCAAGGCCAAAUCAUCUCCUUGAGGAUGUUGGUGCAGAGUUAUUGGAAGACUUUUUGGAACACGCCAACAGGAGGGUAAAUGAAUGGAUUCAUUCUGUUGAUGAUAAAAUUGUAGCAGCUAGCAAUCAGUGUAAUGACAUUCUAGGAGGCAAUGCUUCAUCGUUGAAGUCUCCCUCUAGGACAACAGCAGAAUCAAUAAUCUCAAUAAAUCUUCAAGGACGUGACCAUGUAUUUAAAUCUGCAGAAAUGGCCAUGCAAUCCAAUCUAUAUGAGGAAAACGGUGUUUUACCUGCAAUGAAUGAUGGUCAGAAUAGUUCAACUUUUCUGACAUUCAUCAAAGUCAAGGAUGAACCUUGUGAUGGCAGUGAGUUCCACAACCUCCCAGCUGAUGGACUGGGUAACUUUUCGUUCAACUUCAUGAAUGUAAAAAGUGAACAGGAAGUCCUAAACAAAUAUGAUAAUGAUCUAGUCGAACAUGUCUGCUUACGUGAUCGACUAAAGUUUGUAAUAUCAGGAGAUAGUUUUAGUGCAAAUUCUUCUACAAGCUAUACAUCUUUGAAGGAUACUGGGCCUUCCACCCUUGAAAGGAGCUCUAGCUUGGAAUCUCCAGAAUCUUUAAGCAUCAAGCUUCCACGGAAAAGAAAGAUAACAGCAACGGACUCUGUUCAAACAGCGUUAGAGGAGGAUGCUCCUGGGCUAUUGCAGGUGCUAAUUGACAAGGGCGUGUUAGUAGAUGAAAUUAAGCUUUACGGAGGGGUGGAGAGUGGUGAAGCUUUGGAUGAAUCAUAUUGUGAAGAUAGCUUUGCAAAGUUUGAGGUUGUUAUGUCAAAGGUUUUUGCCCAGCGCCAUUCUUUCAUAAAAUUUCCUCUUAUUCGUGCCACGAAGGCUUCAAGAGCAAGUUACUGUUUACCUUGCCUUAUCUCACUUGUGGAGCAGACAAGGUACUUGCAAUUUCGCAAAUGGCCUGUUGAGUGGGGUUGGUGCCGUGACCUACAAUCAUUUAUUUUUGUAUUUGAGAGACAUAACAGGGUAGUGCUUGAACGCCCUGAAUAUGGUUUUGCAACCUACUUCUUUGAGCUAGUAGAAUCCUUGCCCAUUGCAUGGCAGAUCAAGCGACUGGUGACUGCUAUGAAACUGACUUGCUGUGGCAGGAUUUCCCUUAUUGAGAACAAAGCGUUAAGGGUUGGGGAAGAUUUGACGGAAGGUGAGGCACAGGUGCUAAUGGAGUUCGGUUGGAUCCCGAACAGUGGACUGGGAACGAUGCUUAACUACUGUGAUAGAGUUGUGCAUGAUAGAAAAAAUGAGAGGGAGAGCUCAGAGUGGCGAUCAAAAAUUGGGAGGUUGCUGAUGGAUGGUUAUAAUGGUGGAACCAUAGUGGCACCCAGCAUCCCUAAAAGAGCUUCAUAAUACAGUUGUGCUCGCUGCUCAGAGCUCAAAAAGUUGUCAGAGUAUCUGAUCAUGGCUUCCCAUGUGUAGAAAGUUUUUGCAUGUUUUUAUUGUAUUGAAACUUGAAAUUAUAUUGUGGUUGCAAGUACUUGAUUUUGA